GCGAACGCGCACCAAUUUGUAUCGAUGAAGUUUGUGCGAACAUGGCGGACUUCCUGCCGUCCAGAUCUGUGUUAAAAGUUUGCCUGCCCGUCUGCCUGCUCAACAGCAGCGAGGUGGAACAGGUGAGGCGAUCGAAAGAGAUCGACAGAUGCAUAUCCCGGGAGAAAACGUACGUGAAACGGCUGGUGAAGAUUCUGCUGCUGGGCGCUGGCGAGAGCGGCAAGUCCACUUUCCUCAAACAAAUGCGGAUCAUCCACGGCCAGGAUUUCGACCAGCGAGCCCGGGCGGAGUUCAGAGCGACUAUCCACAGCAACGUUAUCAAAGGUGUUCGUGUGUUGGUGGAUGCUCGGGAGAAGCUUCACAUCCCCUGGGGUUGCCCGGAUAACCAAAAGCACGGAGACAGCCUGAUGGCGUUCGAUACACGGUCGGCCAAGAUGGCCAAUGGCCAGGUGGAGACGUCAGUGUUUUUGCGCUACCUACCCUCCAUCAAAGCUCUGUGGGCAGACACGGGUAUACAGAAUGCCUAUGACCGCCGCAGGGAAUUUCAGUUGGGCGAGUCAGUGAAGUAUUUCUUGGACAAUGUCGACAAGCUUGGCGAGGCGGACUAUCUUCCUAGUCAACAGGACAUCCUACUAGCCCGUAAACCCACCAAGGGUAUCCACGAGUAUGACUUUGAGAUCAAGAGCGUGCCCUUCAAGAUGGUGGAUGUAGGAGGCCAGCGAUCAGAGAGGAGGCGCUGGUUCGAGUGCUUUGACUCCGUUACUUCGAUCCUUUUCCUUGUCUCCUCUUCAGAGUAUGACCAGGUGCUGAUGGAGGACAGGCAAACCAACCGCCUGCGCGAGUCUCUCAACAUUUUUGAGACCAUUGUCAACAAUCGCGUCUUCAUCAACGUCUCUAUAAUCCUUUUCCUUAACAAGACUGAUCUGCUGGAGGAGAAGAUCAAGAGCGUUCCGCUCAAGGACUACUUUCCUGAUUACUCCGGGCCCGAGCACAACCUGCGGGACAUCCAGGCCUUCAUGGUGGAGUGUUUCCGGGCAAAGCGGCGUGAUGCCACCCAGAAGCCCCUGUACCACCACUUCACCACGGCCAUCAACACAGAGAACAUCAGGCUGGUGUUUCGAGAUGUCAAGGACACCAUUCUCCAUGACAACCUCAAACAGCUCAUGCUCCAAUGAAGACCCACUCCAUGUGUGCCUGUUACGGGGAGAGGAAGAAAGCCUUAGAGAGACACCUUCUCCCUCCUCCCUGUUGCCUACUUUGGUGGACCUGGGAGGGACCAGCCUGGCAGAAGAUUCAGAUAGAAUUUCAGCAUUCCUCUUCUGUUUGUUUUUAGUUUUUACUCCCCUCUGAGGAGUUGGCCUUCUGUUUGGUUCGGGGAUAUGGUAGGCGGAGAAGCCAGGAGGUGGGGGCAGAGUGGUUGUGGUAGUAAGAACAGAGGAGCCUGGAGGUUGGAUAAGGACUGACAUCAGACCAGAACUUGUUCGUUGCCUCAUCCUCUAAAGCUGUCCUCUCUGCUCCCUGCUGAUAUGUGAGCUGUCUCACAGGACUCACCGCAUGAGAGAGGGAGGAUGAAACUUCACUGCCUUUCUAAAUACUAUCCACCGUAAUGGAGACUUAACCACUGUUUAAACUGUGUCUGUGUGUAUGUGUGUGUGUGUGUACGUGUUUCUGUAAUUAUGCGUGAUUUAAGUAAAGCCCUUCAAUCAAAAAAAAAUCAAAUAUUGCCUGUUUCUAUGAAUUUACCUCUAUUCCUUUGGCCAUCAAUUAAACAAGGCACACAUGCACACACAGACCCACAUUAUGCAGAUGCACCAGUUAGUGAACAGGCAGUCCACUGUUUUCUCAGGGUUGAAUAGAGACCACUGUUGGUGAUGUCAUUUGUUGCGAGCAAUCUGAAUAUAAUCCUAAUCUGGGUGGCAGAGUAGCAUGUUUAGCCAGAGCUCAGUGCAGAUAGCUGGUUGGCAGUUGGUACUGUACCCUCCUGGCUUUGGACCCUGAACAUUGACGGGCCCACAACUUCAAUUAGACACCUUUUAUAAAAGGGACAGAGCUUUCCUGUUGUGCCUGAGUGAUGAAUGUCUUUGUUAAUAGAUGUACAGAGAUUUGUGCUUGUAGAUUUUCUCAAUUAUGCUGUAACCGAUAGUUUGUUACCUUAUGUGUACAUUAUCUUGACCUUGAUCUGGAUUUUAUUAAAAAAAAAAAACCUAAAAUAUUGUUGCACAACAACCUGUAGAAAAAAUCUGGAGGUGAAAACCUUUUGAGCAACUGUAUGAUCUCUAGUAAGGCAAAUUAUACUUGGAGAACAUCUUGUAGACACUUAAAAUCAGUGUUUUAUUUCUGCCAAAUUAUCCUGUGCCAUCUUUAACGACCAUUCAAAUCCACAGUCUGUCACUUUUGGAGCUGCUGUGAGCUCACCUGUGCUUCCUGUCUUGGCCUUGUAAAUGACGUCACUCCCUUGCUUUGUAAAUAAUCUCUUGAGUUUAUCUGAGUUUAUCUCCUUGCAUGUAAAUGGUUGCAGAAAUGGCAUUUUAUUUCCUGUUUCGAAUGAGUCCGUGCCUUUCGAAUGAAGAUGACUUGCCGUGACUGUGUUUUUGUGUAAUUGUUUUUUUCCCCACCUCUUCAAAUUCAUUCUUCUCAGUGUCAAGUCUGAUACCACUCUAACCGUAUCAAUAA